AUGUACAUCACCCUCUACUACCUAGUCACCCGGCUCCCUGACUCCCUUCGCUCGGUCAGGGACAACUUCCUCUCUGUUUGCCCCACCACACUCACCGUUGACCUCCUCGAGGAGCGCCUCCUGGCAGCUGAGAAGAGUAUAGUCGCUGUAGGAGCCUCUCGUGGUGACCCGCGUACCCCCUUCUUUGAGGGGUGCUCCCCCUCCCCCCUUUUGCCCUCUGUUGCCUCUACUUCUGCCGUCGACUUCGUUGGCACCGAGUCGGUCGGCGCUGCGUCUGCCCCUAGCGGGAGACGCCGCACCGGCAAGGGCAAGGGGGGCAAGGGCGCUGGAGGAGCUGGCGGGGGUGGUGGAGGUGGCGGUGGAGGCGGCGGAGGGGGUGGGGGUGGCAGUGGGAGUGGUGGCGGGGGUGGGGGCUUCAGUGGCGGCGGUGGAGGCGGAGGCGGCGGCGGCGGUGGCGGUGGGAGCGGAGGAGGAGGAGGUGGCGGCGGCGGCGGUGGAGGUGGCGGCGGCAGCGGUGGAGCGGGUCGGGGUGGCUCUGCGCAGCGGGGUGGCUUUGGUGGUGGUCAGGGCCAGCAGCAGCAGCGCACUCGUGAGACCCCGCCCCCCCAGCAGCUUCGUGAGUGGUACGCUGCGCGUCAGCGGGGUGGGGGUGCUGGUCCUUGUGCCUACGUCCUGCGUACCGGCGACCGCACUGCUGCUUAG